GCGUGCGCCCGGAAUAUCUACACUCAGUGGUCUCUGCGGAGGUUUCACGUUUGAACGUCUCUCGAACGAAAACAGACGAUUUUCACGGAAAAGCGCAAUGUGAAAGCCAAAAAAGACUAGAAAUAGCCUGGCGUGACGUCCCACACAGACGACAGACAGCAGAACGAUUAGCACCGUCAGUAGCGGACUAUAGCGAACCGAGAGAGGAUCUUACGCCCGAUCUAACCGAUCUAACUGAUCUUAAAGUGUUUAGACUAAGUUACGAAGUGUUACGAAAAUGCCAACAUUCCAUUGCUGAAACCGCUGCUAAAAGAUAUCGAUCGAUCGAGAUCGAGAGUUCGAGAGAGAAACCAUAGAUUCCUGACAGCAGGUGGUUGUGUCGCGCGAGUGUUCCUAGUGCCGAAACCCCAGGAUGUGUCUCCUCUAAUAGCCCGCCGAUCAGCGCCGUCCAUCGAGCCAAGCAGGAUCCGAGAAGAAUCUCCGAAAGGACUGCACCACCGGGCUCCAGUGGUUCGAGUGGUUCGCGGGGACCAUGCCGGUCAUUGCCGACGCCGCCAGCGAUGAGCCACCAGCAAAAUGUUGCAAACAUUGUGAGGAGUCGACGCAAAGCGUGGACGGCGGACCUGCAUCGUGGCGUUUAACGCUCGAUCAGGAUCUAAUUGACACGCUCAAGGGCAACUUUCCCAGCUGGUUCCAGGGCUCAGCCGGCGGAGGAGGAGGAGGAGGAGCAGCCAGCAAGCAGAAUCCGCAGCAGCACAAUCACCAGCUGGCCCAGCAGAAGCAUCACCAGCUGGUGGCCACCAGUGUCAUACCCAUAACCAUUGACACGAAGCUCGCCGCCAGCAAUACAAAUACACUCCAGCAACAUCAGCAGCAGGCGGCCAUCCUGGGCCACAGUUCGUCGUCGGCCUCGCCCGCAUCCUCCGUCAGUUCCAACUCCUCGAAGAAGUCCAUCAGCAGCAGCCUGAGCAGCUGCAGCAGCAGCAGUAGCAACAGCAGCAGUUGCGGUAGCAACCAUUGCAACUCCAAGUCCGUUUCCAGUGGAGCCAAGGGAGCCGGUUCAGCGACGGCGAGCAGGUUCCUCAACAAAUCCACCUCGUCGCCCACCAAGAGCCUCUCGAGGACUUUAAAGGCCACCCAGAAGCCGAACGGCAACCACAAGGUUGGCCAGCUGGUCAAGUCCGCCUCCCUGCACAGCCUGAGCAGCGGAAGCAGCGGGAGCAGCAGCGGAAACAGCGCCAGCGGCAGCUCCUCGCUGCUGGCCACCAUCUCCACGUCGCCGCUGACCACCGUCGAGCUCAUCUCGAGCGCCGCAUGCAGUGGCCUCCUGGCCACCAGGCUCAGCGGCAAGGACUUGGAGCACUCCUUUCAGGACAUAAUACUGCUGCACGAGGCCUACGACGACAUGUCGGAGGGUGAGCAGCGUUUGCAUGCGACGUUCCUGGGCAGCAGCGAUGAUGGCAACAACUCGGAUUGUUACGAUGCCAGACAGUCACCACCAAAGGCCAUCGUGGACUCCAGUCCGCUGCAGCCUGCGAUGGACAAGAAUAAGGAAUCGCUCAAAGUGAAGCUCAUGGUGCGACGUCCACACUCGCAGCUCGUCGAGCAGGGCAUCAUACCAUCUCUGAAAACCUCGCCCGCUAUCCACGAACAAUGCAAGCAAUUGGAGCGCGCCAAGACCAGCGAUCUGCUGAAGGCGAAGAUCCAGCAGCGACCAAACCGCGAAGAUCUCGAGAGGCUGCACAUUCUCGAGGAGGACGAGUGCCACAUCGAUCCCAGUUUGGCGGAGAAACAGCGGAUGCUGAAGAAGGCUCGCCUGGCGGACCAGCUCAACUCUCAGAUUCAACACCGUCCUGGUCCACUGGAGCUAAUCAAGAAGAACAUCCUGCACACGGAGAAGCCGAUAGAGAAGAUUGUCAAGGAGGGACUCGUAUCCUUCAAGGCAACCAGCGAGGGUCUGCUCACGAGACCCCAGCAUCCGCACAGUUAUGUGACCUUCGAUGAUGAUUCCCUGAGCUCCGAGAGCGAUACGAGGCAGACACCGCCGCGUUUGGAUGAGGCUAUGGUCGCCACCUCCAGUUCACCCACCGAUGUGCUGCAGGCGGCGGCUGCCUCAGCAGGAAUAGUGAACAUGGCCUUGACCAUGCCCACAGCUGGUCAACUGGUGGUCACCGCGCCACAGAUUCUUCCCCAGCAGCAGCAACCGAAGGCUAUAGUGGUGCCAGCACCAGUGCCACCACCUCCGCCGCCGCCACCACCACUGCCCAUGGCCAGUAUCAUCAAGGUAAAGCAGGAGACCGCCAAUCUGUACGAGGAACUCUGUCAAAGUGUCACGGGUACCACGGCAAGUCCGGUCAACCAUCUGUACUCGCCCUGCUCACUAGCCUCUAGUACUUCCACACUAAGUCCGCUGUCUUCCAUCGCCUCUCCGCCACCACCACCGAUGACCACCACACGACUGCACCUUGCUCCCGUAUCCGUGAAGUCUGAUGCUCCCGGGAAGGAUAAGAACCGAAAGAAAUCGAAGUCCAAGCCCGUGUCCAAGGCGCGCACCAUUAAAUUCCACGAGUACAAGGGUCCACCGAGUGCCGCCGGGCAAAAGCAGGAUCAAACGCAGCCGGAAGAGACCUCCUACCAGCUGAUGUUGGAGCAGCAAAACUGUCUGCUAAAGUUCCUGGAGAACCUCAACAAGAAUCAGUCCAUCAUCCCAGCGCCCAGUGCGCCGGGUGUUAUGCUUCCAGCAGCUCCUAGUGCGACCAAUAACAGCAUCACGGUAACUACAAAGACGGUGCCUGCAUUGGCUUCGCAAUCCGCUCCAGCUCCAGCUCCCAUCAGCCUGCCCAAUACCAUAUCCAUAACGAGCAGUUCCGGAGGAGCUCCACUUAAUUUCGGAGAUGCCGCUAUGCUGACGCCCACGCCGGCGGCCACACCCACUCCGCCCACCCUGUCGCUGAUCGCUACACCACAGCAACAGUUGCAGCUGCAUCAGCAACACCAGCAGCUGCACCAACCAACUCCAGUGCAACACCCACCACCACUGCCCUCGCCAGCGCUUUCGGUCAGCUCCUCGAUUCCGCCCAGUCCGGCCACCAGCUACGCCGAAUCCACCACCAGUUCCAUCACAGACUUGACCCGACUGGAGAAGAUGAAGGUCUCUGACCUGAAGCAGCAUCUCAAGCGCAGGAACUUGCCCGUCUCCGGUCCCAAACCACAUCUGAUUGAGAGGCUGAAACCAUAUUUGCCCCUGGAGCCACUGGAUAGCAAUGUAACACCCGCUCCGACCUCCAACAACAGCAACACAACGCCCGAUGUAAUCACAAUUAGCGAUGCCAUGGACACGAGCAACUGCGGAUUGUUGGAGCAGCCUCCACCAGUGACCAUGUUGGUUUCAGAUGCAAGCAUGGAACACGAGCAGAUGGAUGUGGUGCAGCAACAGAUGGAUAACACGCAUCCAAUGACGCUGCAGACUAUUCUGCCUCCACAACCGCAAACUGCAACCAUAAUCCUGACCAACGAGGAGUUGCUGAGAGAGCAGCAGCGCAAGAUCGACGAGCUGCAGAGGCAAUUGCAGCGAUCGCAACAGGAGCUGCAGAAGAUACGCCAGCGGCAACAGCAGCAGCAACAUCAGCAGCAAACGGUUACCGCUCAAGUGGUGAAUGCAUUGCCUUCGCAGCAAAUCACGCUGAUCACCACGACCUCGAAUGGGCCGCAGCAAACACUGACUGUAAUGCCGCAGGUGGAGAAGAAUGUUUCCGCCAAAGUGACGGUGAAAGCUACUGGAGGCAACAGCAACCAUAAGGUAAAUGGACUGCAACAACAGGGAUCCGCAGCCAAGAAGCCAGCCGGCAGCAACUCGAACAGCAAUAGUAACAUUUCCUCAUCGAAUCCGCCGCCAAUCAACCAGAAAAUGGUGGUCAAGCAGCAGCUGGAGGCUAAAAUCCAGAAGCAAAAGGCAGCGGCAGCGGCCGCCGCACAGCAACAGCAGCAGCAGCAACAACAACAGCAGCAGCAGGCACUGCAGCAACAGCAACAACAGCAGCAGCAACAGCAACAGGUGCGCCUGCUCACGCAAAAGACACAAACUGUAUUCAUUCCAUUCAACAACAACAAUCACAUAAACAACGCUUCUGCCAAGACAACAACAACCAAGAAAUCCAAUGUGCCCGCCAACAAUACAAAUACAACCACCACAACCAUGAUGCAAGCAGCCAAGCCGGCGGCAGUUGCGACGGCAUCAGCCUCGCCAGCCACUCAACACCACAAUAACUUGGGCCUGCUGUGGAACGAAGGAAAUCAGACCAUACUACUGGUGGGUCUGAACGAUCAGCACAUGACGGCGCACACGCUGGGCAAUAUCAGCUUAACGGCCACCACUACGACAGCAGCAGCACCGCCGGCGGCUACUCCAGUUGCAGCAUCUACGACAGCUCCGCCAAAGAAGAUACUGAAUGGCCACCAACGCACAAACUCCCUGCCCAGCAUUGUCUUUCCCAUCGAAACCAAGUCCAUCAUUACCCAGCAGCAGUUGCAACAACUCCAGCAGCAACAACAGCAGCAACAGCAAUUCCAGCCUGUCCAGCAGCCACAGCAGCAGCUCAACCAAGUGGACAUCAAGCCUGCACCAGCACCACCGCCGCAAUACGAAGAGGCCACCAAGCAGUUGGCGGCCAGCAAGGCGGCAGCUUUGAAUGGCCUCCUACCGCUGGUCAAGAUUAAGGAGGAGCCCGUUCAGUCGCCCGCUCCUGCUGCAGCUCCUCUGCCGCAAACAGCUCCUCUGUGCAAACGCAAGACGGCGAGCAUUAAGUCCGAACAAGUCAGCGAUGUUCUGGACAUACUAAUCAAGCAGGGUGAACUGCCGGAAAGUGCUGCUCUGGAGCCCAUUACACCGUUAACGCCGCUGCCGGAGUUGUCCAUGUUCAAUGGAGCCACGCCCACCACUGCGGCUGGUGGAGCCAGCAUAGUACCGCUGGUGCCCAAGCUAGAGACGCCAGUUACGCCAGUCCAAAACCUCGACAUGGCCAUGGACACAAAUGAGCAGCAUGUGGGCUUUGCCAGCAAUCAGGCCCCGAAUCAUGUGUUCAUCGAGAGCAUAGACAUGGCCUCGCCCCUGCAGACCGAUUCAAGCGCCAUUGAUGCUGAGAGCGUGGCCAAGACCUUAGAUAUUUUCCUGGAACAGCACCAUGCUACGCCGCCACCGAGCACACCGCCCAAAAGUUGCCACAGCGGUAGUGAGAAGCCAAACAGCCCGGAUGCCAAGCUCAAUCACUUUGAUGAGUACGAGCUGCUGGAGCUUAUGUCGCAGCAACUUGAGAUGGACAUGGGAGAUGACUCCAGUGGCUAUUGUCACGCCUCGGCGGCGAAGAGCAGCAACAACAACGGCAACCUGCGACGCGAUCUCAAUCCCAGCCUGCAGCCGUCCAUCAAUGAGCUGCUGGAUGCGAGCAGUCCCGACAACGUGCUGCUGAACAAUAACCCGGGUGCCGAUGUGGACUUCGACGCGGAUAGCUUUGUGGCCCAAUUGAGUCAGCACGUCACCGGAAAUGGCAACAGUCCUGGGGUCAAUUGCAAUGGAUCCAUUGAAUCCUCGUCGUCGGCGGUGAAUAGUCACUUUGGGAGUCACAGCACACCAAUGGAUUGCGAUGAUUUCGAGAGCACACUGAACUCUUUUAUGCAGGCGGUGACCCAACCGCAGGCGGGCCAACACGGCGAAUACGCGACGUCGACGAGCAUGGCCAAUGGAACCGGAGGAGGAAUGGGCGUGGACAACGGCACCGGUGGGGCAGUGGACGCCUUCAAUGCGAGUGGCGAUAUAUUCGAUUUGUUCAACAUGGACGAUUACAAGAUGAACUGGGCGGCGGGAGAUUUUACAGUCUAGGCGGUUUUAUGUAUUCAUAUGGCCCUCGAAGCGGCAGGGCAGAAUUUUCUAGAAUUCAUCAAUAUAUUUCCCCAACUUUGUUCCGUAUCGAGAAAAAACAAAACUCACAAUCCAGCGUGGUGCUCACUUUUCUGAAAAUAUUCCUGAAGAAUUCGUUUCGAAGAAAGCAAACACACACACACAAACAAAACAAAACAAAUCCUAUUUAUUUUCUAAAUGCAUUUAAUACAUUUGAACGUCAGUUGAAAUUUCGAAACUUUACUAUUUCCAAGAAAAACUAAAAAGAAUGCCAAAAUUGCCGGGAGUUACACUCCAAAACCAUACUUUUGCACCCUUUCCUGUAUAAGCAAGAAAAACAAAAACCAUAAAAAACAAAAACAGCCAAAACAUUUAGAAAAGCAUAACAAGUAAAACUUAUCAUAAACUAUCAUUAAAACGUAAGCCUAAAAUGUUGUAAAGAACGAUAAAGAGAGAAAAGAAAAACAAAAGUACAUGUUUCUAAUGAAGGUCAUUCCAAUUUGAGAAUAAUGCGAGUGAAAUCUAACUAACUAAACCGAAUGGAAGAAUGAAUGAGUUGAGUCCCAGGAUGCGGAUGCGGAUGCGGAUCUGCAGAAGAAGAAGAAGGAGGAGGGAGAGAAAGCGGCAAGGGAAAGAGAAAUUAAGCUAAUCAAAAAAUUCUAUAAAAAUCGUAAAAAAAUAUAUUCUUGUUGUGAGAACGACUUAAGUGAAACACAUUCAGUAAUUUUGUUUUAAGUUCUAUUUAAAAUGAAAUGAAUUAAAUUAUUUAAAGCCUAGGCAGUGCUUAAUUCUAAUUUAAAAGCAAAAUUAAAUGAAAUAUUUAAAACACGAUUUGAGAAGUAUUUCCUGCAAGGAAAGAAAAAGCCUUUAAAGUAGUCGAAGCCACAAACCAGUUAAAUUAAUUUUAAACUCGGAUCAAUUUCAUUUAAAAUGUAAGCCAAAAUAUAUAUAUUCAUAUUUCUUUUGUUUUGCAUUCUUAGGCACAGCGAAUUCCGUUACUUAAACUAAUUCUAAUGAAAAUAUAUUUAAAACAAUUAAUUUAGCUACUUCGUAAAGUAAUUAAAUCCUGCGGCGUGUACUUAACGCACAUUUUGUAAUCGUGUCUAUCGCAAUUCGGAAUUGUAAUCGUUCAUCUUUCGUAAGCACACAAAUUCGGCUAAGUGUAUUUUAUAAAUUGGGAGCAUGCCAAGCAUUCGGACGUAUAUUUGAGUGUAGGGCUCAAUAAAAUAAAUUAUAAAUGUAAACUGAGAAAAUUAAUUGAUAAGCAAUGGACACAUUUCAAUAGGAAAACAGAAGAGGAAAACCCAAUUCAAAAUUGCAAAAUGUGAGGAACUCAAUACACCAAUAAAUAUAUAUAUUUUUGUAUAAGCAAAUAUAUAUACUCUACGUUUAGAUCUAGUCUAAAAUUUCACACAUUUCACCCGCAGAGCAAAAGUUAAUCAUCACUCAACACUUGUUUACAUUUGCAAUAAUCUGAUUUAGAGUUGGAUUGUAAGCUUAAAGUAUAUUUAUCAUCGACGCGCUUUAAACACAAAUGAGAACGUUUCCAUUAUAACAAUUCAUAUAUAUUAAUUUAAGGACUACGUUUAUUGUUAGUAUCAAACUUAAUUACCAUAACUAAGCUUAUUGUUUGAUUAAUUCUAAAUUUAAUUACCUAAUUAUCUAAUUUAAUAUGUUGGCUUGAACAAUUUUUGUGCGUUGCGUUUAAAAGAGAUUUCAUUUAAAUACAAUACAGAAUAAACUCAAUCACGUCAUGAA